AGUCAGGUGCAGCCGCGGCCCGGAAAGUUUCCUUCUAGGCCCGAAUUGGGGGCUGCCUCCUCUCCGGGGAGCCCCGGUCCUAGCGCCCGGGACCCCCGAGGGCGUGGGGGGAGAGCUCUCGGCUGGCGUGAAACUCUUCGCCAGUUCCUGUCCAUUCAAGAUGAGAAAAUUGACCAGAUUUGAGCCCUAUCCCUGAUUAUUCCCAGAGGCAAUGAGUGAUCUCUCCGUGGCAUAAACUGCCCUUAACCUUUCUAAUAAAUCAGACAAUCUGCUUCCUCUUGAUUGAGCAGCAUUCCAAACUGUGGUACCCCUGGGCUCUCUUCACAUUGCUGUGGUGCAGAAGAUUUAAAAUCAGCUGAUGUUCACAAGGAAUAGAGUCACGUGAUGUAUGAAGGGAAACAUAUACACUUCUCUGAGGUUGACAAUAAGCCCUUGUGCUCAUAUAGCCCCAAACUGUGCAAGCAGCGGCGACUCAACGGCUACGCUUUCUGUAUCAGACACGUUCUGGAAGACAAGACUGCCCCCUUCAAGCAAUGUGAAUAUGUGGCCAAGUAUAACAGCCAGCGCUGCACCAACCCCAUUCCCAAAUCAGAGGAUCGUAGGUACUGCAACAGCCACUUGCAGGUACUUGGCUUUAUCCCGAAAAAAGAGAGGAAGAAAAAGAAUGAUCCGGUAGAUGAGGUGAAGGUGAGGCACCAGAUGGAUGCCAUGGCAUUUAGCCUGACAGUGCCCACCUUGGCCUUAAAGAUGCCCAAUGGACUGGAUAGCAUGUCCCUCUCGCCACCUGGGGCAAGGGUUCCUCUCCACUAUCUGGAAACUGAGUUGGAAGACCCCUUUGCUUUCAACGAGGAAGAUGAUGACCUAAAGAAAGGGGCAACUGUGAGAAAGAAGUUGCAGAGCAAGUUGGCUCAGAACCGGCAGCGCCAGCGAGAGACAGAGAUUUUAAAAGUUCGGCAAGAGCACUUUAGUACCCCUCCCGCGCCUUCUCAGCAGCACGCCCACCUGUCACCUCUAUCCACUUCUUUAAAACCUCCAGCGCCACCACAGGGUUUAGUCUGCAAGUCACCUCAACCUCAGAACACCAGCCUACCAAUGCAGGGAGUGGCCCCCACCACAUACUCUAUAGCACAAACGAGGCAGUCCUCUCACAAGAGGCCUCUGCCCCUCCUUCCCUCCAGCCGGGCUCCUGUCUCAGAUGCCCUCAGGACUGACCGCGUCCUUAUGAAAGCCACCGCCUUCUCUCCACACUUCUCUUGUAUAAGCCGACUGCAGAGACUGGUGAAACUGUGUACCCAAAAGCAUCAGUUGGACGCAGACCUGUUUCCUCACUUAGGGUUGGACUGGUCUGAAGAGAGUGGAGAGGAGCUGGAAGACUCAGAUCAGGCCUCGCCAUAUCAGGUUGCAUGGUCCAUCCGAGAAACCCUCAGAUAUGAAAGACACACGUCAGAUGACGACGUGGAGAGUAGGAGCUCCAGGGUGACCCAGCUUUGCACUUACUUUCAGCAGAAAUACAAGCACCUCUGCCGCCUGGAGCGGGCAGAGUCUCGACAAAAGAAAUGCCGGCAUACAUUUAGGAAGGCGCUGCUGCAGGCAGCCAGUAAAGAGCCCGAAUGCACUGGCCAGUUGAUACAAGAACUGAGGAGAGCUGCAUGCAGUCGAGCCAGCCUCAGCCAGAACAAGUUGAAAGAGGUGGAGCCGGCAGCAUGCAGUGGAACGGUGAAGGGUGAGCAGUGCACCAACAAGGCCCUUCCCUUCACCAGACAUUGCUUCCAGCACAUCCUUUCAAACCGCUCUCAGCAGCUGUUCUCCAGCUGCACUGCCAAGUUUGCGGACGGACAGCAGUGCUCUGUGCCAGUGUUUGACAUUACACACCAGACGCCCCUGUGUGAAGAGCAUGCCAAGAAGAUGGAUAAUUUCUUGAGAGGAGAUAACUCCCGGAAAGUUCAGCACCAGCAACAGAGGAAACCUAGAAAAAAAACGAAGCCCCCUGCACUUACCAAAAAACAUAAGAAGAAGAGACGGCGUGGACCUCGUCGACCCCAGAAGCCCAUUCCCCCUGCAGUGCCCCAAGGGAACCUCAGUAUGCCCACCAGCGUCUCACUGCCAGUGGAGGCCUCGCAGAUACGUAGCCCUUCCACACCAGAGCUGAGUGCUGAUGAGUUGCCGGAUGACAUUGCCAAUGAGAUCACUGACAUUCCACACGACUUGGAAUUGAACCAGGAAGACUUUGCAGAUGUCCUGCCACGCCUGCCUGAUGACUUACAAGAUUUUGAUUUUUUUGAAGGAAAAAAUGGAGACCUCCUCCCAACCACCGAAGAAGCUGAGGAGCUUGAGCGGGCCUUGCAAGCUGUAACUUCUCUCGAGUGCCUGAGUACCAUUGGGGUACUUUCCCAGUCAGACGGUGUGCCAGUUCAGGGGUUGUCAGAUAGAGGGAUGGGGGUGUUCUCCACGGGUACUGAUGCUUCGGGAAUCCAGUCCUUGAGUCGAGAAGUAAGCACGGACCUAGGGGAGCUAUUGAACGGACGUAUAGUACACGACAGCUUUUCUAGUCUGGAGCUGGACGAGAGCCUGCUCCGUCCUGCGACUCUGCCUGACCCACCUACGCCCCUGGCAGGGCAGAUCCGGGGGCGGUUCCCUGCCCCCGCCAGCGUUGGCCUUACUUCUGCCACCCUGCUCAGCCAGAGUGCACUUGGGGAGAGAGCCUUCCCAGGACACUUUCAUGGACUUCAUGAUGGCAGCCAUGCCUCCCAGAGGCCACAUCCUGCCCAGCUGCUGAGCAAGGCAGACGACCUUAUCACCUCACGACAGCAAUACAGCAGUGAUCAUUCACACUCCUCACCCCAUGGAAGCCAUUAUGAUAGCGAGCACGUGCCGUCACCCUACAGUGACCAUAUCACCUCUCCCCACACAUCUUACUCUGGUGAUAAUAUGGCAGCUACAUUUUCAGCAGAGAUGCCCAUCAUGGCACAGCACUUGCUCCCCACCCAGCUUGAGGUGCCACUUGGAGGAGUGGUCAACCCCAGAACUCACUGGGGGAAUCUCCCCGUCAAUCUCGGCGACCCCUCUGCAUUUAGCAACCUCCUUGGCGCGGAUGGACACCUUCUUUCCACUUCCCUCUCCACGCCACCCACCACAUCCAACUCAGAGACCACGCAGCCUGCCUUCGCCACCGUUACCCCAAGCAGUUCCAGUGUGCUUCCGGGGUUACCACAAACCAGCUUCAGUGGCAUGGGACCUUCCGCUGAACUAAUGGCCUCCACCUCUCCCAAGCAGCAACUCCCGCAGUUCAGCGCAGCCUUUGGCCACCAGCUGAGUUCCCACAGUGGCAUUCCUAAGGACCUGCAGCCCAGCCACAGCUCGAUAGCCCCUCCUACAGGCUUCACAGUAACAGGUGCCACGGCUACAAGUACCAAUAAUGCAUCUCCCCCCUUUCCCACCCCUAACUAAGCGAGUCUGUGUGCUUGCAGGCAGGUGGAACCCAGUGUUUUCUAUCUUUGUUUCCUCUUUUUGCACCCCUCUCCCUUUUCCUACAGAAGAUUUAAAAAUAACAGUGGGGAUUAGGAGGGACUCCCCUUCCAAGUUCAACAAGUGGCCGUGCCGUGGACCUUGUGUCAGUGUUCACGCGUGCUCCUUAGCACUGGUGCUCAUCCCCUCCUGGCGGGUCCCCUCGGCCUGGCAGUUUCUCUGGUGGCUCAGCACAGUGACUGGAUAGGAUUGAUUUUUUUUUUUUUUCAGCAAGUCCUAGAAGUGGAAGAUACCUCAGAUUACCAGUGCCCUUUACUGUCUCCUAGUGUUCAGAUCAAUGCUCCCCGUUCUCUAGCCAGGUUUUUACAUAGGUUGUUCUAGGUGGAGUGGUCCUGUUGAGAUCCUGUGUAGCAGGUGGUGUGCAGACAGAAAGCAAAGCUCUGACUUAGCACCAACUGUCAAAUACCACAGUGAGGCUGGGAUGCCAUUCCUAAUUGUGACGUGCUUCACUGAAAAGAAAAUUGUCUCUUGAUCGCCUGUGAAUGCGUGUUUACCCCGUGUGUGUUUUGUGCGUUGCAGUAGCUGUCCCAUUGAAUUUUUUCUUUUCUCCCAAAAUAAGCAUAAAGCUCUUUUCUCCCUCCUUCUGUCUCAUACCUAGCAAGCUUGGUCCUUCUUUCCUGCUGAGGUGACUAAGGCAUCCUGAAUCGGAGGGGUGGUCUACUAGUGGCAGUACAGUGCUUGCUAAAGAUAAGCCUGUGAAGAAAGGGACCACAGAUGGCUGAGUUCACACCAGUGGCAGGGAGUGUCAAGACAACUGACCUCGCCUUUGCCAUGUGCAUUUGUUUCAGAACUCCUCACUCAUGGAACAUGUUCACAGGUAGUAAUUGAAGAAAAUAUUUUGAUGUGCAAAAGCAGGCUAGCCAAGAAAGAUUUAAAAAAAUGACAUCUCUGACCUGCUUGGUCCAUCACUCGCUCCUAGUGUUUACGUGUUUACAGUUGUGAUUCUUUGGUGAGAUUUGUGAACUGUGGAGUACACGUGUAGAAUCCGUGUACCAGUUGUGAAGUAAUGUGUAAUAUCGGAAGGACACACAUUUUAAAGUUUCUUUCAAAGCAGAAUAUGGAAAUCAGACAUAAAUUUGACUUGUCUUAGGUACUUUAAACAUAAGUACUUAGGAUGAAGUAAAAUUGGAAAUUCUUUUAAAGUACCAAGGUUUUAGGGUAAAAAUCUUAUUGCGUAGUGCAGUAAGUUGGUGAUUAUGAAGUGAUGUGUGGGGUUUCUUCUUGCCUGCCUUCCCCUCCCAGAAGAGGGUAGAGCUUCAUUUUCUACUCUGUUUUGCUGAGGUUUCACUGUCUCUUUGGAUACCAUUAGGUUUAAUCUAAUUUAUGUAUGUAUAUUUUUAAAAAUAAGGCAACAUAUCUAUUAAUGAUGUGGUACAGUAAUUCUUUUGUCAGGGACUGUUUGAUCCUAAUUCCUUCCUAAUAGGUAAAGGUUGAGACAUAUUUUCCUACUUCUUAUGUGCAUUUUCUUCACGCCAUGCUAGUUCUACCCAGUCCCUUCUGUUGAAGGUUCUUUCUCUGCCUUGUAACAAUGAUAGUGAUUAGCAGGCAUUAUGCAGAUACCACGUGCCUGAGCUUUUGGAGGGAAAGUGUCAUGUGACUGUAUGAAAUCAUGAUAUGCCCUAUUUGUAUUUAUUGAAAUUGGGGGUCAAAAUAUGUUUGUAAUAUAUUUACUUUUUUUUUUCUUAAAAAUCAUGUUAGUUAAUUGGAACGUUUAUUUUUAAUAGCUUUGCCUUUUUUGCAGAUUGAGAAAUUUCUAAAUUAUAAAUUGUGUCACAAAGCAAAAUUAUAUUUGGUAUCACCAUGAACUUCUCUCCUGAAUUGUGAGAACAGCUUUUUGACUAUUUCUCACCUGUGACCCUAUAUGUCAGUAGCUUUUUUAUUUUAGUGCACUGUAAUGAAAUGAUGGUGAGUGGUUACCUCACCUCAACUGUGUCAUUCUGUUUGCUAAGCUGUUUUCACAUCCCAUUAUAAUCAUCACUAGAGGACUGCGCAUUCCCGGAAAGUUUAUUUUGUCUCCAGUGUGUGUCAAUUAAAGAUUGUAGCAGAGCAGCACUCUGCUUUUAACUGUCAGACCCUCUCUGCCAGAGAAAGGAUAGUCCUGUGCAGUCACUUUGGACUGUUACUGGCUAUUUGACCAUGUGCUAGCUGCUGAAAAUCCUUUAGUUGUCAAAACUGAGUUUGCAGUAGGUUGCACCUUUUAUUGUUUGCAGUUUUCUGUUUUAUGUGCAUUUAAAAGCCCUUCUUUGCUUUCGAGUAAGGAGGCAUGAAGUGACCAGGAAUGUUGCCAGUUACAGCUUCACGCCAAAAAUAGUGAGUAAACUCACUUUUGUUGAGAUGCCCGUGAUGAUAGCUGAAGGGAGGACAGUCUUAGAAAGUACUGGUAUAGGACUGAGUAAUUAGCAAAAAGCACACUUUUCUUCUAUUUCAGAACUAACAUACAGGCCUGUAAUAUAAUGUGCUUUUCUCAUGAGCCUCUCCUCCCCCGAGAAGAUCUAUAAGCCCAGAGGUACCCACUUUGUUACUCUUCUAGUUGUUGAAGCAAUUCUAGUCUCUUAAUAGUAGGUGGGGUGUUAAUAUGCAAAGAAAAAUUAAGCAUCUUUUACAAUGCUUAUAUGAAAACAGCACUUACGUUAUGGAAGGCAAUACUGGAAUCAACAAACAAGGUCCUAAUGGGAUAGAAACUAGUUUUGAUUAUAGCAUUCUGUACAUGAGAAACAGUAACAAAGAAGGCUUUCUCUGUCUCUGCAGUUCUUUUGGGACCAUUUAUAAAGGCCAGUUAGAUUGUGUUACUGUGAUUUAACUUUGAAGUUGCUGCAGUUACUGACUGCAUCCUGUGCUCUGAUGUUCAGCAACUCUGGUAUCUGAAGGGAAAAUGGGCUUUUUCUCCUUUAACUGUUAGUAUUAUUUUAGUAAAAAUACUUAAGACAUUGUUCUUUUUCUUCUGUAAAAAUGGCUUAGCAAUUUUCACACCCAGGUAGGUUGCACAGCUAGUAACUGAUUCAGGAUAGGAAAUAGCAGUUACAGGUAGCCCACCAAGUGACAGACUAUGCAGUCAGCAAAUCUGGUAGUUAUCACUGCAUAGCUGAGAAGCAAAGGUUGCCUUCUCUAGUGAGCCUACCAUGUGAGUGCACCUGCUUAUAAACAAUAGCAGUUCCUUGUUGGCAGGUAAUGUGUAUCUAGUGUCCCUCUGUGAGAAGAUUAUGGUUUUAUGAGAAGCAGAUAGUCAUUGGAGAUGGAAAGUGAUUAUUUUAUAUUCCUUCAGGUAGAUAUUACCAUUUUUAGUGGCUUAUGGCUAAGGAAAGCUAAUACUUUAUCUUUGCCAAAUAAUCUUUUAAAGUAAACCAGACUCCCACCUGAAGGUUAGGAAUCACCCUCUUCUGUGAGUCCUAGUAAAACCCUCCCAAAGCUCCUUCUCAGUCCGUGCUCACAGUCCACACAGCCACAUCAGCUCUCUGAUUAGGAAGGAAACCAGGCCUGUGCUGGAGACAGGCAUGCUGAGCAUACAGUUUCUUUUACAGGAGAGAACUUAGGUUUCUGUUGGCCUGUUGCAUGGCUUUCUAUAAACUGGUAUUAGAGUUGAGACACAGAGGUGAGACCCGUACUGUGCGUUCCUUGAGCCUGCCCUGGCAUCCUGGUCAGCAGUGGUGGCAGCUGGGCUUGCUUCCUCUACAGUGACUCUGAAGCCAUUACACUCCUGUAGCUCAGUUCCGCAUGUGGUUGUGCAUUGUGUUGACACUGCAGAGCAUGAGGAUAUUAACACUAAAUUAUUUAAUAGGUUUGGAAUUCAUUAGAAUUUUAAGUGUUUACUUUUUAGUCUCCUCAUCUUUUAUUUUUAGACUUAAAAGGAUUGAGUUCUUUUUUUACCUGACAUGUAGGAUAACCUAAUAGAGUAGUUAGUUGAGUGAGCAGUACAACUCUACAGUGUAAUGAGGAAAUUUAGAAACAUCUUUGAAAGAGAAUUUAUUUGGAGUGAAUACUCAUUUGUAUUUCUUUCAUUACUGUUAGCCACAUUGUUUUAUGGAUUUCUUCAUAUCAAAAUUAUUUCAUACAGGAUAAUCACUCAUGAAGAGUCAUAUAUUUUCCCCCUUUCAGUAAAUUGAAAAAUAACUGAAUUCAGUAAAAAAGAAAAAUAAUGCUAUCUUAAUAUUUUGGCUUCUUUAAGCUUUCCUAUAUUAUUAUAUUCUGGUGGGAACCAAAAUCACACUUUAAUUAAAGUGCUAUUUUAAAUUUAAAUGCUGUCUUUCAAAAGGUUUAUAAUAUGGUCUCUGUGAAGAGUACAGGUUUCCACAUACUCUAUUAAGCAUGUCCCCUGGCCAGCAAGUUAGGAAAGGAACUUCUGGAUAUUAAUUAGUUAUGCCUCUUCUAAUACCCCAUGUCACUAAUGCUGCAGUUGUGGGUUACAGUUAGGGAGCCUUUGGGUUUGUUUGUUUGUUUGUUUGUGUUUUGUUUUGUUUUCAGCUCCAGUCCUAACUCUUGAUCAGCUUUCCUCUCUGCACUGUGAUAAGGAGUAGAAAGAGAUGUGGCGUUUCAGAGAUUUGUCAUGACUUCUCCCUGUGUUCCUGAGCAUCAGGAAUGUUCUGAGUGGUUUGAAGAGCAGAUCCAACAUGAUCUUUGGCUGACCCAAAGUUAGUGUGAAAAGCAGUCUUCUAAGACGAAAGCUGUUUGACUCUUGGAAGCCAGCGGGGCAGCAUGUUUUCGUUCCUCCGUCUCCCUGUUUGCACGCUUCUCCCCGGUGCAGCAGUGUGCACAUGCACACACGUGAGCCGCACUCAUCUUGGCCCAAGAGUGGCAGACUCUUCUUUCGUUGGUUUUUGUUGUUGUUCUUAUGUGUUUGUUUGUUUGUUUGCUUGCUUGCUUGGUUUUUUUUAAGCUGGGGACCACUGACCUAAGCUCUAUAUGCACCCCAAGUUCCCCAUGGAAAACGUUUCAACGUGCAGGGCGGAAGGCACCAGUGCAGCUCAAGGCCACACCAUUGCUUUUCCUUGGGGGCUUAGACUGAUUCGCCCCGAAAUGACUCCAGCCUGUAUCCGACAGCACAGGCAGCUCCAGCCGGUUAGUGCUAACACGGUGGAGAGUUGACACCUGCUGACAGUGUGUGCCUCUGUUCCAAAGGGUUGAAUCAGUUCUUAACAGUGAUAGCUCUUCUCACUGUAUUGUGUUGAGUAUGUCUCAGGGAUUCCUUGCGGAAAUUAGGGCAGUUUUUAAAAUAAGAAAAUAGUUUUAAAAGAAACUAAAGGUGACUCAUCAUUGAUGAGAGCUCAAGAAAGAGAAAGCAUUUGGUUUCAUAACCCAUGGUGUCUCGCCGAGGACUUUUUCCUUUCUACUUCAGGCUCUCAUCUCAGCUUCAGCAUACAGAACCCUUUCCCAUCAUGCACAGCUUUAAAACGUUUAUUUAAAAACUUCCUUCCCCAAUGAGCUUUCAGAAUACUUAUUGUAGAUUUUAAGAGAAAAGGUAUAUUAAUUUAUGCUAUUAACAUCACCUCAUAAAUUAUAAGUUUUAUACUAAAGCUGUAUUGAGUGUAAUGAAUUAUGUUGCCUAUGUGUUUUAAUAGCUUAAAAUUAUAUAUGAGCUUCUUCUUUUUCUUUUUAUUUUUUGACAAAACAAACUAGUGACGCACCUUUUUACACUGGAUCUCUGCCGUGUCAAGGUGUAGAGCUGUCCUUUGCUACCUUGCAGACAUCUAAAGAAAGGGUAACCCGGGGCCUCAAAAUGUAGAACACCCUUAGAACAUUAAUCAUAGAGCAGUUGAGAGUCAUCUUCUUAGCACAUGAUCUGUGCUUUACACUUACGAUGGCUAGACGCUUAGUUACAGGGUAAAUAGAAGCAUUUAGAUCAAGUACAACUCCCACUGCUGUAGCUGGAAUUUGUAAACUUACAUUUUUAAGACCUCUUUUAUUUCCUAUGGAUUUAUUCUUUAAUUUACAGUUUAUUCUGUAAGUUGAAAAGUAAAAUAGAGAAAUUAAUAAGUCUAGAUGUUCUCAAUAUCUCAUUCAGGAAUGUUUUACCCCCCCUCACUAAGGAAUUCCCACUGUGACUUAAAAAUAGAGGUAAAUUACUUGUGUGCAUGUAUGUGUCUGUGUUUUUACACACAUGCAAAAAUAUACAUCGGGGGCACGUGUGUGAGAUAUGAAUGUGUGCUUGUAUAAAAAUAGAAAGGUAACCGAAUGUAUUAUAGAAAUAUGAUUUAUUUAGCUGAGGGUAUUAGAGUUAUUUUCCCAUUGUUUCUAUUUUAUAAACAUGCCAUAUUUCUUCACUAUAGUAUAAUGUUCAAAGGCCAUCUCUGAUAUCAUGUGCAUUUUUUAUGAACCUUUGGAUUAACUUAUGCUGCUUUUAGACAUCAGAAAAAGCAGAUUCUAAGACCAGCCUCGUACUUAUGAGCAUAAAAAUAAAAGAGAGAGAGAGACAAACAGACCUAGAUAACAGCUCAUUUAUCUAUUGAGGUGAUGGGACCAGAGAUUUGUUGAAAUAUUUUUAUGUCUAGUAAAUUUUCUUCAUAUUCCAGGUAAUAAAGUAUUAUGAUAUUUUCUUGGUCAUGUUCAGAAAACAUACAGGCCUUGGUAAGGAAGCUUUGGAAGGGGCUACUUUUUUAAGGAGUUGGUGGUCUCAUUUCACCGUGCAUAUUUCGAAGCUGGUGUGAUUUCAGUUAUUUGCAAAACAUUUUUUAAAAACUGAGUUGUGCCAUUGGUUAUGGUGUGGAGCAACCCAGUUCCCAUCUUUUGGCUGUAGGAAAGAUCAUGCUACCUUCGAUGCUUACCUGAUUCAUGUGGAACUGAAAAGAAAAAGAUGCAUUCCUGUUCUUUGAACCUUGUCAUUUUGCUGUUCAUUCUUCACUGGGGCACCGGGUGACCUGAGACAGUCAAUGAGAGCCAAGUGUUCCCAUCACAUUUAUUUUAUUAUAAAAAACCAUAUACUUAGAUAUGCCAGAACAAUUCCUAAGAACACAUUUGAAUUGGUAGUUGUCUUUCAGGCCUCAGUUACUUCAUCUUAGAUUCAAACAAAACCUAGGAAAGCUCUCCGUGUUUUGUUUUGUUUUGUUUUGUUUUUACAGUUGUAUUUUUAUAGCAUCUCCCUGUUUCAUCCACUUUUGCUUUCAGAUUUUAAGAAAUCUGCAUAUUUCUUGUACAUAUGCAUGCAAACGAAAGAAGGGAGUUUGUACUGAUGCCAUUUCUCCCUUCAGUUGCUGGUAAAUGGAAUUUGCUAGAAUCAGUUUCCCCUUAUUGAAGGGUGAAAACAGACCCUUUGUGUAUAUCUGUACAGAGAUGUGUAUACGGGAUGUGGCGGCACUUUGCUGAAUGUGACCUUGCCUUGUCAAUGGAAAGACUGAAAAGUAUUAUGUUUAUUUAUACAUUUGUAUAAAUCUAUAUAUACACGUAUGUAUAUGUGUGUGUAUAGAUAAAGCUAUAUACAUAUAUCUCCCUAAAAAUGUGUGUGUGUAUAAUAGAGUAACAGCCUUUACUAAGCAAAAUUAUGCAUCUGUGGGAAAUUUGGGGUUAUUUUGCAAGCCCGUGGAAACGAUGACAGUCUAGAGUGCAUCACCAAGCAUACUGAAUUGGAAACCCUUUGGGUUACAGUCACUAUUACAGAUUACAGCAGCCACAAAUGAAUCUUUGUCUGAGCUUUUUUUUCUCACCAAUUCCACUGGUCCUCAGACUUUUUGGUAGCUAAUCUCUCAUUACUUAACAAUCACACGUCUUUGCCAAGUUGUCUGUUGUCCAAGUGCUCUAGAUUGAGUCUGCCUGUGCUGGGCCACAUCCCAGCCUCUGUCCUCCUGUUUCCUACUUACUUCUCUCACUAGAAGCCUUGGCGGAACUAUCUCAGCUGUCACUUUCCCAGACCUUUAUCACUGACAUUUCCCCACAGUAUACAGCUUACAGUAAUCUUUUCUUUGAGAAUUGGGUAGUCAUCAAAAAUAAAAAGCCAACAUUCAAAUUACUAAUUUUGAAAUUUUUAACUAGGUAACUUUGGAGUAUUUUACUUUAAUUAAGAAAAAAAAACAUAAUUAUGACUUUAUGAUUGGUAUUAAUUUUAGGUGUAUUUUAUUUCCACACUUAUCAUUUAAAUAGUUGGAUUUGUUUUGUGUUUUAAAUAUAAAUUUACUAUUUGAAUUUUAACAAAGAAUACAGAAUCAUAUGGAAGCCUCUUGAGUUCUAGAACUGACUCAUGUUUCUCAUGAUGAAAUGCACUAAUGAGUUCCUGUAUAAUCAAUUCUACUAGAUUUCCUUUUGACUUUUCUCACAGUUACGACAUUCAGUUUUAACCCUGCUGCAGCUCUCUAGAAAACUUGCACCCUUCUAUACCGUGCCUUUAAAGCUCUUAUGCACACACAGAUAAAAGUGUAUAUAUACAUGUUGGCGCGUGUGUACAUAUACUUUGAUAUAUUCUCUCACAGUAUGUCUCCAGGAUACACUGUGGGAGUGGACAUAUUCAAAGGCAAUGAAAUGUUGCUCUUUAGAUAUAUAUGUAUAUAAGAGUGUUGAUAUAACUGUACAUACACAUGUAUAUGUAUGGGUUCUAAAUGGCAAUCUUACAUUUAGCAAAAUGCUGCCCUACUGGAAUAUUGCCACUGCAAUGGCGCUUGUAUGUAAUGAUUUAAGAUACAUUAUCAAAAAUUAUUUAAAGAACAUUAAAGGUCUCAUCUAAAGACAGCCACACACUAUUUAUUUAGCUUCCUAUUCCUUUUAUUGUUGUGUUUGUGUAACUGAAAGGGAGACUGUCAUUUUAAAAAUGCCAUCUGUGUAUGAGAGAUGAGAUUCGCCCGGGGCACUUUGUAUCUCCCCUGUCUCCGAAACAGGGAUGUACCACAAUCCAACUUGUUUAUCUCAAUGUUAAAGCAGUCCUGAUACCGCCACUAGCGUGUGUCAUCCACCAUCUCCUUGAUCAACUUAAUUCACCAAUUUGCCUCUUCCUUCCAUUUAUAAAUAAUGAUCAUUUCGAUCAUUUUGCCUGGGGGAAGCUCGCUCCUCUCUUGCUGCAGGGAAAUAGAUCAUCUAGUUAUUCUGCCUUGUUCAAAAUCACCUUGGGAAGAAGAUGGUUCUCAUAACGCUGUCUUAAGCACAGUUUAUUUUGCAUAGUUUGCAUUUAUUUAAAGAUCUUACCUUUUUUUUUUUUUUUUUUGAAAGAACUCUUAAGUUGCAUGUACUUGGCAUAGAGUUAAUUCCUACUGCCCUUUUCCGCAAGGCAUUUUUUCAUUAGUCUAUCGGUUUUUCAUACCGAAUGCAAGAACAUUAAGACGAAACUGUCAAAUACUGUUUUUGUUUGUGAUGAGCUGGCGGCAGAUUACACCUGGGGAAUCUAGAGGGAGAGAAAGGUAGACAGAUAACGGUAAAGUCUGUGUUAAGUGGGCAAUGGAGUAAGGAUACUCAUAAGAGACAUUUCACCAGGUAGCUCGCUAGAACUUGAUAUCAGAAUCAGCCUUUAACAGAAAGCUUCCUGGUGGAUGGAUGGUACCAACCAGAGUGCCCGAGUAUAAAUUGGAACCAAGUUGCAGUGGUAAACCAAAGGUGAGAGGUAGCCAUUGGAAACCAGUGGAGGCCAGGCAGGCUGGACAGUUCUAGAAACCUCUUUUAACAAAGUAACUGCACGGUAGCAAGGACUAGCCAUCCCGAGAGCUCUUCCUUUUCAGUGUUCUCAUUCACCUUGGCACACAGCAAGCUUCAUACGCCAUACAUCCAGAGCAUAGACAGGAGGACGGCUGCUUAAAGGGGACUUACAAACCAACCGUAUUCUCUCACACUGUGUCGCGGUGGCCACUUAGUGCCAGGCGUGCACGCUGGGAGCAGCUAGUUUCUGCAGCGUAGGAGAGGAGACUGGCAGGAUUUGGAAAUGCGCAUCCGUGGCACUGCCUGCGGCUUUGCUGGGGAGGACACAUUUGGGGAGGUGGCGGCCUUUUGGUUUGUAAUUUCCCUUUAAACAGGAAGAGAUGAUUCACAUUUUCCAUAUAUAUAUCUCAAUGAAUGUACUGUAUUACUGUUUUAAAAAUUUGAUGAAAUAAUAAUGGAUUGGUCUCCUUUUGUUAUCUGGUCCUUGUUUAAUUUGUUUAAGGGUUUUUGUAUACAAAAGUUUACAUUUUUAUGUAUAUUUUUCUUGUGUAAAAACUGAUGUAAUAUGUGUAUAAAACACUGUAUGUAUUAUCUGUAUAUAGUGUGACAAAAUGAUUUUUCUUUCUUUCUUUUGGAUGUAUUAAUAAAUCUUGCUGUGAAGUAA